CACGCAGUCUGUUUUUAAUUUUCGGGAAAGUAAAGAAAUCGUUAGGACUUAGAUAGGGACUAUAUGGAGGAUGGUCCAAUAAUUCCACGUUUUCUUCUGUUAAAUAGUGCCUUGUUUUUUGGGCUGUGUGCGAGCUUGCAUUGUCUUGAUGGAGGAUGAUUCUUCUUUCGGGGUUGAUUUUUCGAAUCUGGGUGAUGAUUUUUGGCAAACAAAUGGUGGUAUACCAAUCCGCAGAAACAGUUCUUUGCUCAUUAAGAGGAAUGUUUGCAAUAUUACGCGAGCAUCUUUUUCGAAACACUUCGAGAACGGAUAACUUUUGUUGGCUUUUCUUCAACUUGGAACAUCCAAACAGCUGACUGUCG